AUGUCUACGGUAGAAUAUUUGAAUUUCAUCUCGCAACAAGUUCACAUUUAUUUUGGUCUAACCAUCUUGAUCUUAGGAGUGAUCGGAAAUAUCCUCAAUGUCGUUAUCUUUACAACAUUGAAAACAUUUCGCGAAACAGCCUGUGCACUCUAUUUAACAAUUGUUUCACUUGUUAAUAUUUGUCAAUUGUUAAUUGCAUUGCUUAUUCGAAUACUUAGUGAUGGAUUCAAUAUGGAUAUACGAAAACGAUCGUCAGUGUGUAAAAUUUAUAUCUUUGUGAUUGUUUGGUGUUUACUAACAUCAAUUAGUGGAUUGUGCUUAGCGACCAUUGAUCAAUGUAUAUCAAUGACGAGAUAUCGUCGGCUUAGUAACUUACCCGCCGCACGACGGAAUGUUCUGAUCAUUUGCACUGCAUGGAGUCUUUAUAGUAUAUGGUUUAAUCGUUAUUGGGAUGUUUCUUCCGGGGAUUGUACAAUUAUCAAUCCAAAAAUCGUCAUAUAUGCCACGCGAUUUCAUUUUCCGAUACUUAUAGGUUGUUUACCGAUAAGUAUAAUGGUGACAUUUUCGUUAUUAGCAUAUUAUCACGCUCGAUCUUAUAUCCGGCAACCGAUUAAUAUUAUUUACUUGAGCCGUGAUCGACAAUUAACCGCAAUGACAUUGAUUCAUGUAUUGCUUUUCAUAAUCACAACGUUACCGUACGUUAUUUUUUAUAUUUAUUCAUGGUAUCGAACGGGCCAAGAUCCGACGCAAAUUGCUCUACAUAAUCUUCUUUACGCAAUUAUAAUUCUAAUCGACUUUGUUGUUUAUGGUGGUUCAUUUUACUUGUACUGUUGUGUUUCGGAACGGUUUCGAAAACAAUUUAUUUAUGUAUUAGCUAAGCUCUGUAUCAAUCCAUGCCAACAAUGGACUCAUACACAAGUAGUACCAAGAAUGGAAGUGCUUCUUGACGGACAUCAUGCACGGACGAGAACAAUUCAUGAAGCUAUUUCGAUGCCGUGUAGAACAGUGUAA